AUGAAAUCGGACGGGCAGGACAAAGUCUUUGAAGAGCAGAAGACUCCUGUAGAGCUUGCAAGCUAUCUGUGCAGAAGGAAAAGCGUGUGGGAACAGCCAGACCCCUACGGUGCUGAGCAGACAGUCAGAGGGCAGGGCUUGGGGAACCUGGCUGCAAAUUCCCGGUUCGGCCAUAAAACUCACAGUGAAGUUUUGUCUCCGUCUCGCCGGGUCCAGACCCCUGUCCUGAUCCUCCCAUCUCCCGAGCUGCUUUUGGAGAACAAGGGGCCCAACGGGAAGCACAAACGGGCCCCCGUCCGGUGUUUGGAAGGAGAGCCUUCCCACCACCACCUCGGAGCAGCCACCGAGAAGGCCCUCCGCCGCGUGUCCCAUCAGCCGUCCGCCCUGUCGGGGACCGAGAGGAGGGACUCCGUCGGGGAUCUGAAGGGCCAGGAAGCCAACUCCUUCCAGUACAACCCCAUCCGGAGCAGCUUCGCCGCCAGCCCGGCCGCCUGCCCGCCGCUCAGCACCGCCGGCUGCGCCCUGGGCGCCCUCCGCGAGCACCAGCCUUCGCCCUAUUCCACCGUUCCGUACAAGUUCUUCUCAGACCCGUCCACCAUCAACGAGAAAAGGAAGCAGCGCCGGAUCCGCACGACGUUCACCAGCUCCCAGCUGAAGGAGCUGGAAAGAGUCUUCGCAGAGACGCACUACCCCGACAUCUACACCAGGGAAGAGCUGGCCCUUAAGAUCGACCUCACAGAAGCCAGAGUGCAGGUCUGGUUUCAGAACCGCCGGGCCAAGUUCCGCAAGCAAGAGCGAGCCGCCAACGCCAAGGGGCAGAACGGUAACAACGGGGGCAGCUCCUCCGCCCCCAAGAAGCCGGACCCCCACUCUUCCUCCGAAGACGACGAGUCCAAGGAGUCCAACUGCAGCCCCACCCCGGACAGCACGGCCUCCCUGCCCACGGCGGGCAACCUGAACAGUCCCGGAGGCAGCCUGAGCCCCAGCCCGGGCACGGGGCAACAGGGCAUGGGUCCCGGCCACGCCACCCAGGCCCUCAAGAACCAGGCUUUGUGGGCCGGGGUGGGCACCAGCCACGGGGCCACCAACACGGCUGACCUCCUGAAGGCUUGGCAGCCGGCAGAACCGAUGCCGGGACCUUUCUCCGGCGUCCUCUCGUCUUUCCACCGGAAGCCCAACCCUCUCAAGGCUAACCUCUUCUAA